UGUCUAAUCAGAGGCCGUUUCCCCUCCGAAACCCCGUCCCCAGGGCCGGCUUUUCCCAGGCCCACGCCGCGCCACCUAGACGCGGCUGGUGACGCCAUCGGACCGCGUCGCCAGAAGGUCACACGGGAUCCAGCAACAUGGCGGCGGCGGCGCUGUGGGGAGGCUGGUGCCGCUGCCCGCGGAGAUGCCUCGGCAGUGGAGUCCAGUUUCUGUCCAGCCACAGCCUGGUGCCGCUACGCCAUGGUACCUAUCAGAUACGCUGGCCCGGUGGAGAGCUGCCCGUGUCCAGAUCCUAUUCUUCUGGAAACAGGAAAGGUUUUCUCUCUGGCUUGCUGGAUAAUAUCAAACAAGAAUUAGCCAAAAACAAAGAAAUGAAAGAAAGCAUAAAAAAGUUCCGAGAUGAGGCCCGCAAGUUGGAAGAGUCCGACGCACUCCAGGAAGCCAGAAGGAAAUAUAAAACCAUUGAAUCCGAAACCGUGCGGACAAGUGAAGUGAUAAAGAAGAAGCUGGGGGAGAUCACAGGCACAGUGAAGGAGAGUCUUGAUGAAGUCAGUAAAAGUGACCUCGGCCGGAAAAUCAAGGAGAGCGUGGAAGAAGCCGCCAAGACUGCCAAGCAGUCCGCUGAGUCGGUGUCCAAGGGUGGGGAGAAGCUGGGCAAGACUGCCGCCUUCAGAGCCCUCUCCCAGGGGGUGGAGUCCGUGAAGAAGGAGCUGGACGAGAGUGUGCUGGGGCAGACCGGGCCCUAUCGGAGGCCAGAGCGGCUCAGGAAGAGGAAGGAGUUUGCGGGGGAGAAGUUCAAGGAAGAGAAGGUGUUUGAGCCCAAUGAGGAGGCCCUGGGAGUUGUGCUGCACAAGGACUCCAAGUGGUACCAGCAGUGGAAAGACUUCAGGGACAACAACGUGGUAUUUAAUCGGUUCUUCGAGAUGAAGAUGAAGUAUGACGAAAGCGACAACGCACUCAUCCGGGCGUCCCGGGCACUGACAGACAAGGUCACGGACUUGCUGGGGGGCCUGUUCUCUAAGACGGAGAUGUCGGAGGUGCUCACGGAGAUCCUGCGAGUCGACCCCGCCUUUGACAAGGAGCGGUUCCUGCAGCAGUGUGAGAACGACAUCAUCCCCAACGUCCUGGAGGCCAUGAUUUCUGGAGAGCUCGACAUUCUCAAAGAUUGGUGCUAUGAAGCUACCUACAGCCAGCUGGCUCACCCAAUCCAGCAGGCCAGGGCGCUGGGCCUGCAGUUCCACUCCCGCAUCCUGGAUAUCGACAACGUUGAUCUGGCCAUGGGCAAGAUGAUGGAGCAGGGGCCUGUGCUAAUCAUCACCUUCCAGGCCCAGCUGGUGAUGGUGAUCAAGAACCCCAAAGGCGAGGUGGUCGAGGGUGACCCGGACAAGGUGCUACGCAUGCUGUAUGUGUGGGCGCUCUGCCGAGACCAGGAUGAGCUCAACCCCUACGCAGCCUGGCGGCUUCUGGACAUCUCCGCCUCCAGCACAGAGCAGGUCCUCUGAGCGCAGUGGCCACGACCAGGGGCUCCUGGGCUGGAUCAGCACGCGGUGGACGCUCGGAGGACUGGUGUCUGCCCUCGGGAACUAGACCUCUGGGGACAGGACUGUGGGUUCUCUACCAGGGUGGCUGUGGAAGCAGCUGGAUGGGGAAGGGCGGGCAGCUGCUAGGGGUCUCUCCCCACAGUGCCAGCCCCAGCGCUGCCCCUCUGCCCUGUGGGGCUGCUGGGCGAGGUCACUGCGGUGCACAGGCCAGAUGGUGCCAAGGGGCCCCUGCCCAGGGACUCGAGACAGGAGGGCAGGGCCCAGGCCCCUGUCGCUCAGAGUGGCCUAUUGGCCACUUAAGCCAGGCCAUUUUGGCUCCAUUUUUUAUUUUAACAGUGCCCUUACUACCCUGUAUAUAUGCCCGAGAUAUGGAAAUAAUAAAACACCAAAGUGCAGGAGAGCAACUUGGGUGGUCUGAGAUGUGUGUCAC